CCCUCAUUUUAUUUUAUUUAACUCUGUAAACCAAUCGUCUCGUGAGAUUCAAAUGUAGUGAUUACAAUUUUCAAAGAUAGAUUAUCUCCCUCUUUGUGAAACCUAAACAAAACUCACACAUUAAUCACAACACAACCACAAACACGAGUUUCGAUAUUUUGGCACAAAAAAUGCCAACCACGUUGCCCUCUAUUUCAACCACCGUGGAGAAGGAGUUCCAGUCUCCGCUCUUGCCGCCGGAUGACGAAUCCCUACCGGAGAAAAUAUGCAUCGACGAAAUGCUUCAGACUUACUGCGGGGAGUUUGGGUGGUGGCAGUUGACGCAUUUCUUAAUGACGAGUCUGGCGUGGGCGUUGGAAGCUUUCCAUACCAUGAUCAUGAUAUUUGCGGACCGUGAACCGGAGUGGAGGUGUCUCGAUGGGGUUGCCGGUUUGGGUUGUGACCCGGCAGCUAAGAGUGUGUGUAGAUUUGAACCGGGUUCGUGGGAAUGGGUGGAGGGUGUGGCUUCCUCGACUGUCGCGGAAUGGGGUUUGGUUUGUGGUGAUAAGUAUAAGGUUGGCAUGGUUCAAGCCGUGUUUUUCGCUGGCUGUAUGUUUGGUUAGUUCUCUCUUUUAUUUAUAUUUAUAUCUUAUUAAUAUUGAGUGGUGCAGUAGGAAUAAAGUAGAAAAAGGUUUGAGGAUAAGUUUUAGCACUCUUAAUUUAUAAUAACCAUGUGUCAU